AUGACUUCACCAAACAAAAAGCUAGCAAACAUUUCAGAAGAUGAAGACGACAUUAUCGAUCUGCCUCAUGUAGACAACUCGCACCUCAUCGCAAGAUUCAGCCGGAGCCUUGUUGGACGGAUGUUCAACCAGGAUAUAAGAAGCACUGAAGCCCUUAUAGCUUUCAUGCCAAGAUCCAACAUCUGGGAUGUUGAGGGGAGAGUCCAUGGAAUAGAUCUGGGCAACUCCAGGUUCCAAUUUGACUUUGACUUUGAAGCUGACCUUCAAAGGGUUCUAAGCAAGAGGCCAUGCCACUUUAACAAGUGGUCUUUCUCCUUGGAAAGAUGGACUCCCCAUGUUGGUGACUCUUUUCCAAAUAACAUGGUCUUCUGGGUAAGAAUCUCUGGCAUUCCCACUCAUUUUUGGGUGGAGGAAAACUUCAGAGCUGUUGGAAACAGACUUGGAGAGGUCACAGCUGUGGAUGCUAGAGCAGCAAGUGUCCAAGUGUCUCUCAAUGCAGAUAACCCUCUCAGAUUUUCAGCAAGGACUCGUCUAGAAUCUGGAGAAGUGGUGAGAGUCACUUUGAAAUAUGAAAAAUUGGAGAGAUGGUGCCUUACCUGCAGACACUUAUCUCAUGAUGAAAGGACCUGUCCAUUGUUAUCUGAGGAGGAAAGAAUAGCUAAAAUGCUGGAGAGAGAGGCUGAGCGUAACCUUGCCCAGCUUGCAAGGGAUGAUCUGAUCAGAGAAAGAGACCGUGACAUCCUCUAUGCCCGCCGACAAGCAUGA